UUGACGCUGCUGUGUCCGCAGACAGGAGCCGGGCCGCUGGACGAUGGCGUUAACGGGGCUGCUGCUGCUGGAGUUGGCUCUGUACGCCAGCUGUUUCGUCUGUGGGAUUGUCACCGCCGCCUCCCUCACCAUAGUCCAGGGUAACUUUGGAGGUCGGUGUAUGCUGUAUGGACUUGUCAACUUCAACGCCACAGCGAGCCUCAUCGGAGUGCAGUCUUCCAGCUCUUCCUCUCUGUGUUAUUUUGUGUCAGCCAUAUCCAUCAUGGUGGCAGUGGUGUGUUUCUCACUGUCUCUGUACUGGCUGUACACGUUCUGCAUCGACGGGGAUGUCAAAAGGGAGCGCAUGUGGAUGAACCUGAUGGUGGCUGUGUGCGGCACCUUCCUGUUCUUCCUGCUCAUCACGGGGUGCAUGUUGAAAAGAUCGGAGGUCGCUCGUGCACCUGGCAUACCAUGUGAGGAGGCCCAGACCAGAAAAUGGGCCAGUCCAAUUAAAGGAGGAAAGUUCUACAACAGUCUAUUCAAAGCCGAGACGGCAGUGUGGGUCAACUUCUUCUCCUGGCUCAUCAUCGGGGGUCUGGUGUUCAUUCAGAGGCGUCAGAGCUCCGGGACGAAGCCCAUCGUAGGAGGGUUUGGGGGGCCUGCCGGAGGCCUUUUCGGGGACCCGGGAGUGACGGCUGCAGAGACGGAGCCAUUUUUCAACCGUCCUGCAAGGCCACAGUGAGGCUGCCACAGAUGAUUUACAAAAAACAAACAUGACAAUGUGGGAGUAGAUGUGGAAAAAAGGGUAAAUACAUUUAGUGUACACAUCCUUGUAUCCCAGUGAAUACACAUUUUUUUAGAUACUAUAUGACAAUCAGUAAUCUGUGAGUCAGCUUUGGGGGUUUUGCGAACACCGAUACAAAACACACACUGCCCCUCGACGAGGAUGGGAUUCGAACCCNNAU